CCGCGUACGCUCGUAGCUGCUCUAUCGGCAUAUCGUUAUACCCUAGGUUCCACAUCGAUACUUUACAUAAGUAAAGUCGAUUCUUCAGGUUAUGCUCCUUCUCCUUUAGCAUACACUAGGACUUUGGUUAUCAGCUUCCUCAGUUAUUUCUUGGCUGGGGAUUUAAUCUCGACUUUUGAAUCGAAAUCCAAACAACCAAAACUUAUCAUCACUCUUUUCGCCAGAAGUCAAACACGUUAUCUGUUCCCUAAUUCCGGAGAGGGAGAAGGAAAUAAGGUAGUUUUGGGUGGUUUGAAGUUAUGUCAAUGGUGGAAGAGUGUUUUCGAGGAAGUAUCCAUGAAAUAUCUUUUGUCUCAAACUUCAUCAACCUCAUCUGAAUCUUUUCAAAGAUUUACUGAAUCUCUUGGGGCGCAUAUCCAACCUCAUUCUAUAAAUGAUGUUCGAUUAUCUUAUUUACUUCCUAGUUACUCUGAAGCCGAAGCGAAAGGUAUGUUAGGUCUUCCUCGUCGACCAAUACCAGAAUGGUUAAAAUGGGAAUAUUCACCUCCCUUCAUUCAACCUCUUUUCCCAGCUUCAUCCGGUGAUCCACAUACAAAACCUCCGAAGUCUUUCCAUAACAUGUAUGAUCAAACAAAGAGUUUGGGAAAUAUCAUCCCUUCUCUUCCUGAUGAUCCCAAAACUAGAUUUUUAGAAGAAUUAGUCCUUUCGUUUUCCAAACCGACAUUACAACCCCCACCACCACCACAAUCACAAUCACAAAACCUUGCUUCGACCUCAACCCAUAUCACAGAAAAUAACCUCACCUCGGCCCCAGCACCAAAAUCCGAGAUUUCUCCAGAAUGGAAAAUAACAUCACAAAAUGAUCAUGUCGUUUCACCAAGAAAGAAAACAAUGAAACAUGAUGAGAAAAAGAGAACGAAAAGAGAAAAAGAUAGAGAUGAAGAUAAUAUAGAAAGACAAAGAUCUUAUAACGCUUUGAGUGAAAUUUCAAUGAAAGAAUUUUGGGAAAGAAUGGGGUUCAGACAAGAAUGUUCAAGUGGGGAUGUCACAGGUUUUUUCAGUUUAACAAUAUAUGAAGAGACUGUCCGAGCAACUUCAGAGAAAGAGAUGACAGGGACGAUAUCGACCGAACAUGAAAACAUGCUGGAUAUUAGGAAAGAGAGGAAAGGAGAAGAUCCUCAUUUACCCCCAUUGGUCCUUUCUAGAUUACUGGAAACAUUACUCAAUCUUGAUUUUUCGACGACAUCAGCAGGCUUGGAAAGUUCUGCAACUUGGUUGAACAGUGUGGAAAAUAUAGUAAAGUCGGAGAUAGGUGUUGAUGGAUGGGAAAGUUGUAAAGGGUUUAUACCCGCUAAGAUCGGUAUGGGGGUGAUUGAGAAGAAAAGAGUGGAAAGGGAGGUGACAAUUUUACAACCUCGGAAGAAGAAGAAGGUUUGA